UAGAAGGUGAAGUUAGGUUAAAAAGAGAAUACCAAAACGCAAUCCGAAACAGAACCAACCACUGAAAUCCAUUCUCCUCUCUGAACCAAAUGUGGAGCUCGACUUCGCUCCAACACGCACUUCUUCAUCUUCCUCUGCCGCCAACAACGCCAAACCCAAAACCAUGUUUUCCUAUAAUCUCGUCCCCAAUAAACCCAGAAUCUCAGUUUUCUCUCCGAACCCCAACUUUCUCAGCUGCCAAACAGAAUCGGAGCCCUUUCGUGGUGACUGCGAAAGCGCCUGGCUCUAAGGACAGCGCAGAGCAGCAGAAGUGGAGCCAGGAAGGCCUCGUGACGGAGUCGCUUCCGAAUGGUAUGUUCCGAAUCCGAUUGGACAACGCCGACAUGAUUAUCGGCUACAUUUCUGGGAAAAUCCGAAAGAGCUUUAUCAGGAUUUUGCCAGGAGAUAGGGUUAAGGUUGAGGUCAGUCGCUACGAUUCUACUAGAGGCCGUAUUGUUUACAGACUCCGUAGUAACAAAGAUUCUUCGUAAGAAUUUAGGUUUUUUUUAUUUUAAUUUACUGAGUUUGUUGUAAGCUAACUUUGAUUGCUAUUUAAUCGAGUUCAAGAAAUCGUGUAUAUGUUGCUUUUUUUAAGCUGCAAAUUUCAAUCAUUUACGGGGGAAAUUUGAAAAAAAAAAUGCAAAAUUUAUGUGGGUAAUUGUAGCCUUUCACUUGUGCACAAUUACAAAACAAAA